CGACGGGACGCGGAGCAACUAAUCACAGUUAUUAUUUGACAGAGUGGCUAACGCUACAUAAAGGAGAAAAGACUUUUAAACUAAUUUACGGAGUUUACAUAGUAACUGUUGUCCAUUUAGCAUCGCAACGUGACUCCGCGCGUGGCCUGCAUGCAAGAGCUUUUUGAAACAAAUGGCUCUUAACAUGGCCUCAGCUAACGUUACCUAUAGAAAUAAUGUCGUUUCCGACUCAAAGGGGUCAAGACCAGUAAAACAAAUGGCGGCACCAAAAGCAGUUACUUCCAGAGUGCGGGCAGUGAGUACGUUCAAAAGAGCUAACAAAUCAUCUCCAGCGUCCACUCUGAACUUUAUGGAAAGACUGCCAUCUGAGAUCCUGUUCAAGAUUCUGUCAUACCUGAAUGUCUCGGCUCUUUUCAGCAUCAGCCACGUCAAUAAGCUCUUCAAUCAGCUUGCUAAUGAUAAUGCUCUGUGGAACAAGAUAUACGUAGCAGAGUUGGGCAAGAAUAAAAGGUGGAAACCUAAUCGCAUAGAUGAGAUGCGGGAUCGGGACGAGGGCUACUGGAAGUGGCUCUACUUCAAGACAGUAGCCGAAUGUGACAUGGACCAUAGUUUAAGACGUCUUGGACUCAUCAGCCGCUAUACUGGACUGCCCUUUCAAACAGAGAAUGUCCUCAGAAGCAACAACGUCACCUGGGAGCUGACCGUCUCUGAUAAGUCAGGGCAUAAGGCCACAUAUGAGCCGAGCUGCUCGGAAUUCUGUGAGACUUCUGUGACACUGUGCUGGACCGGAGGAGGCUGUUUGCCCAACUACCACCAGAUGUCCACCCUUCAACUCCACGGUGUGAGGAGGGUAGCCCUCGACUGCCCCGGCUUGAAGGCACCUGGCUUUCGGUCCCUCAUGGCAAAGUUAGACGUGCAAGAUCUAACUAAAAGCGCGCGGGUCAUUGGCCAGGACAAACUGGUUGCACUUAAACUGCUACAGCCUGGUGUCAUCAUUGGCAUCUGGAGGGACCAGUGCUCCGUUGCCUUUGUCAUGUUCACCCUCCACUUCCACAGGCUGGUGGAAAGAAGCAUCCUGGGAUCUGCUGUUUGCCCCUAUGUGAUGCCAGUCAUCAAACCCCCUUUUGAUGACAUAGAUCCUGAAUACGGUCUCCAUGGUUACCAACUACACAUUGUUCUACACGGCACUGUAUGCAAUAUCAUGUCCCAAAGCUUUUCCAAGCUCUUCUGCCAGAGAACUCAGAUAUCUGACGGCCUAAUCCAGCUGACUGCCAUUAGCAGGACAAUCCAUUCAAGGCACACACCGCUAUCUUGCAGCAUUACCCUUCCCUGGAGGUGUGAGGCCCUGCAGGGCACAGUGGAGAAUUGCUGCAUCAUGAGUCUGACUCUACUGGAUGAAUUUAAGAAACCCUUCUGGUGUGUCACCUCUCCUGUUUCCAUGGAGCUGGAGAAGACACCCGUCUCCUAUGACUAUGAUGGUGAGCACUACCUGAUCCACUAUAAGGACUCAGAUGGUCAGAUGAAGAUGAAAUUUGUAUGGAUGAAGGAACAGGAGCAGUUUGUGCUUACCUGUUUAGUUGUCUAUGUGACUGUUUCCAAAGUCAACAAGCAUUUCAGUAGAGAAUACUGAACCUGCGGUAUUUCUGGAACACGUUUUGAGGUUUUUAUUCAUUACAGAGGCUUAAUGUGAUUUUUCUUUUUAAUAUUUCAAUUAAAAAUUAUAUCAGUCCACCAGAAUAUAUUUAGAUGUAUUUUGUAUAUACAGAAGAUGUUGCAGUUCAAAACAUAAUCAC